AAUUGAUAUAUUAUUUAUUAUAAAAAUGACUCAUAUAUACUCGGAGUUUGAAGAGAGUGAAUUUUACGGUCUAAGCAAAAGACAAGGGCAUUAAAGGCAGCGAGCUAAAAACAAUAAUCCCUUUUUCUUUAUUUUUCUUUUUUGCCCUUUCCGGAGAGGGAAAAAUAACUGAAAAGUGCUACAGAAACAGAAAGCAAAAACUUGCAAUUUCUGGCUGGGCGAAGAAGAAGAAAAUGAGUACAUUGAGGAUACCAGAUGUUGUUCCUUCUCCAACUGAAGACUCUGAAACUCUCAUGAAAUCCUUCAAAGGGCUGGGAACUAAUGAGAAGUCAGUGAUAUCGGUGUUGGGACACAGAAAUGCAAGCCAGAGGAAGAAGAUCAGAGAAACCUAUCACCAACUUUACAACAAGUCCCUUGUCGAUGACAUUUUUUCUGAAUUGUCUGGUGAUUUCAGGAAAGCAGUUGUCCUGUGGACAUACGGGCCUUCUGAAAGAGAUGCACGACUAGCAAAUGAAGCCUUGAAGUCAAAAAAGAAAACCAUCACCCAAUUGCAAGUGAUAGUAGAGAUAGCUUGUGCAUCAUCUCCUGAUCAUCUGGUUGCGGUGAGACAAACAUAUCGUGGCCUUUUCAACUGUUCACUUGAAGAAGAUAUAGCAGCAAAUGCCCCUAUGCCUGUUCAAAAGAUUCUCAUCGGUCUAGCCAGGUCCUACAGAUAUGAUAAGGAACUGGUGGAUCCUACCACCGCAAAUAAAGAAGCUGCUAUCCUUCGUGAAACCAUAAGAACAAAAAAGUUGGAUUCCGAUAAUUUUCUGUUGAUACUCAGCACAAGGAAUGUUCAUCAGCUUAGAGCAACUUUUGAGUGCUACAAGCAAAAUUAUGGAUUCUCCAUUGAUCAGGACAUAAAGAGCUGUGGAAAAGGUCUGUUGGAAUCUAUACUGAAGGUGGUUAUCUGGUGCAUUGAUUCACCAGAGAAACAUUUUGCUGAGGUUGUCAGAGCCUCGAUUGUUGGGAUUGGAACGGAUGAGGAUUCUCUAACUAGAGCCAUUGUAACUCGAGCUGAAGUUGAUAUGAUGAAAGUCAGGGGAGAGUAUUUCAUCGCGAACAAGACUAAUCUUGAUAAUGCAGUUAUUGGUGACACAUCAGGUGAUUACAUGAAGUUCCUGAUGACACUGCUUGGGGCCAAAGUCUAGCUAGCUCUCUGGACCUGAACAUUGUGUUGUAGUGUUUCAAUUGUCUAUUUACUUUUGUAUGCUUCUAUGAAUAACAUUAAUGUGUGGACUUGUGAAAAAAAUAAUAAUUGGAAUGGGUGAUUUUAUAUUCAAGUUUGUGGUUUGUCACUU